UUAUUUUUAGCUUGAACUAAGAUGGAAUCAAAUUUAACAUUUGAGCCAAGCUGGCACAAAAUAAAAAAGAAACAAGGUGAUCAUUCUACUAUAAUUCUAGCACCUCUUUUUAUUAGAUUGCAAAUAGACUUGAUAAUAACAUUAUCAUGAAAUAGUGUGUGUACAUAUAAAAGUGAGAUAUUAAAAGCAAACAAAAGAGAGAGCAAAGCGGAAAAAAAGAAAUGGCUCCAUCAUCUUCAUCUUCUCCUUCCAAAUCUCCUGUUCUAUCUCUUCACCAAGCCCUCCACUUCACUCCUAUUCCUGAAUGCGAAGAAGAGGACCUCCACGAAGAACGAUACAAAAACAAAGCAACACCAAGCAGCAACGGUGGUUCUUCCGCCACUCCAAGCCGCCACCACAAACACACUCUAACGCCUCUCCACCACAACGGAAAACCCAAAAACAAAAAACGACACGACGACAACAACGACGAAGACGGAGGAGGCUCCGUCUCCUGCAACAACUGUCGUCCCCACCAUUCUCACCGCGAAAAAUUCUCCGUCGUGCCUCUCGAAAGCCACAACAACAACCCUUCCUUCAUCUAUAGCCCCAACCUCAUAAUCAAAUCCAUCUUCCAAUCCCUCACACGUAAAAGCCCCAAGCUAUCUUCCUCCUCAUCCUCCACAACCGACGCUUCCAGAGAAGAGCAGUGGCGGUUAGCCGCGGCGGAGCUUUCUCAUAAACUGAUACAAGCCACGAAGAAGAAAGAAGACGCUGUCGCAGAAGCUUCAAAGUUGAAAGCUUCCAUGUCAGAGCUCGAGAAGAAACUCAACAAGCUCGAGGUUUACUGCCACAACCUCAAGUCAGGCCUCGACGAGUGCAGCAGCAACAAGAAACAGAGCACGAAACAGAGUGCUCUGUUUAACAACAAGAAACAGAGUACUCUGUUUCAAAAAGAUGGAAUCAACGACAAGAUCAUCCAGCAGUUCCUCGUCUCAGUGUCGGAAUCUCGAACUUCGAUCAGAGCCUUGAGCAGAGCUCUGGCCUCGCAGCUGAGAACCGUCGGUGGAAAAGUCUACGAGCGACUCUCUCUCCUCCUCCAGCCUUUCGAUGUAAAGAUCAACUCGAAAAGUCUGAUCCUUUACCUCGAAGCGAUUCUGAGCAGAGCCUUCUUCGAGGACUUCGAAGCUCCCGGGUUUCAGAGAACCGGGUCGACCCGGAUUUUGAACCCGAUUGAUCGCUGCGAGUCCAACUACGCCUCGUUCAACGUCUUGACGGAGCUCAAGUGGGACGAGGUCUUGAGCAGAGGGACGAAGCAUUUCUCCGAGGAGUUUAGCCAGUUCUGUGACCGGAAAAUGAGCGACGUCGUUUCGAUGCUUUCUUGGAACCGGGCCUGGCCUGAACCGCUUUUACAGGCGUUCUUUGGUGCUUCCAAGAGUGUUUGGUUGGUUCAUCUAUUAGCUAACUCGGUGAACCCGGGGUUGCAAAUCUUUCGCGUGGAGAAAGACGACCGGUUUGAUCCGAUUUACAUGGAGGAAACAGGUGGUGACCGGUUUAAGGAUUUGGUUCGAGCUAUGGUUCAACCUGGAUUUUAUGUCUAUGGUAGUGUGGUUAAGUGCAAGGUGGUUUGCAAGCAUUACAGCAGCGUCGAGGAGGAAGUAGUAGAAGACAGUAUGGUCAAGGAAUGUAAUAAGAGUUUGAUUAGCAUUUGUAGCCCAUUAGGUGGUUAAUUACAUUAAUCAAGGAGUUAUAAAUUGGUUUUGUGAGGAUGUAAUUAAAAAUCUGGAAUUAUUUUGAAUUAGAAUAUUUUAACUGGUAAUGAUGCUACAUUGAAUUGCAUAAUAAUAAUCAGCUUGUGAACA